UUCGAAUCCCCGGCAUCCCAAAACCAAGUUUCAUUUCGAUUGCCUGCAAGAAGCCCACAUUCACCGAAAAUGGCCAACUCGGCAGACACAAAAUCAGCCAGUCCGCCCAAACCAUCAUAUCCACCAAUCCCUCUAUGGAAACUCGUGAUAUUUCAGUCUGCCUUCACCCCCGAAGUCCUCGAUCACACAUACCCCGGCAGCGGAACCCUAGACGACCCUUACCGUGUAGAAUGGCUCCCAAACGACACUCGCAACCCUCUGAUCAUGCCAACAUGGAUCAAAUGGAUGAUCACCAUCAUCCAAGCCUUCGCCUUCCUCUCCAUCACCUUCGCCUCCUCAGCCCUCUCAGCAGCUGACCCGCAGCUCGAACAGCGCUUCGCCGUAAGCAGUACGUUGGUCAUCGCAGAUACUUCACUCUUCGUGCUAGCAUUCGCCAUUGGUCCUGCUAUAUGGGCGCCGCUUUCCGAGCUCUAUGGUCGGCAAGUGGUGUGUAUUCUCACGUACGCUUUAACGACCUUGUUCAGCGGCGCCGUGGUUGCGAGCACCGAUAUCGCAAGUGUACUCGUGCUCAGGUUCUUCGCCGGUGCGUUUGGAGCUUCCGCCAUCACGAACUCGGGCGGUGUUGUCUCGGAUAUGUUCGACGCUCGGGAUCGCGCGGUCGCUAUGCUGGCUUUCAUUGGCGCUCCGUUUUUGGGACCCAGCAUCGCGCCCAUCGCGUGUAGCUACCUCGCGGUUGCUGCUGGGUGGCAGUGGGUUGCUGGGUUGAUCGCGGUCUUCGUCGGGGUAGCUUUUGUGGGUGUCUUGUUCGUGCCUGAGACUUACCCCCCUGUUUUGCUGCGGCAGCGUGCGAGGAAGCUUUCGAAAUUAACGGGGAAAGUUUAUAAGAGUAAGCUGGAUGAUGGGACGAAAUCUCCAAAGGCGGUGAUCAGGAUCGCAAUGGUCAGGCCGUGGGCUUUGUUGACUAGAGAUCCCAUUGUGAUGUUGCUGUCUUUGUAUAUGGCUAUCAUCUACGGUACCAUGUAUAUGGAAUUCGCCGCCUUCCCCAUCGUCUUCGUCGGUUCCCGGGGAUGGACGCAGGCAAACUCAGGCCUCUCAUUCGUAGGCAUGGGCAUAGGGCAAAUCAUCGGCGUCAUCAUCUCCUAUCUCGACAACAUGCGCUACAAGCGCGUCAUCGACCGCUUACCAGCAGGAACCACAGUCGCCCCGCCCGAAGCGCGACUAUUCCCAUCACUGAUCGGCGCUGUGCUGCUACCAAUCUCGCUCUUCGAGUUCGCGUGGACAAACUACCCUUCUAUCCACUAGAUCGCUUGCCAGAUCGGUGCGGUGGGCUUAGGCAUCUCGCAUGU